GGACACCUGUUUGUCUACACCGGGUCCAGGUGGACGUGGAGUAAGGACACCUGUUCGUCUACACUGGGUCCAGGUGGACGUGGUGCAGGGACACCUGUUUGUCUACACUGGGUCCAGGUGGACGUGGUGCAGGGACACCUGUUCGUCUACACUGGGUCCAGGUGGACGUGGAGUAGGGACACCUGUUUGUCUACACUGCGUCCAGAUGGGGGUGGUUCAGAGUCUCCUCCCGUCUACACUGGGUCCAGGUGGACGUGGAGUAAGGACACCUGUUUGUCUACACUGGGUCCAGGUGGACGUGGAGUAGGACACCUGUUUGUCUACACUGGGUCCAGGUGGACGUGGUGCCAGGUCUCCUCCCGUCUACACUGGGUCCAGGUGGAGGUGGUGCAGGGUGUCCUCCUGUCUACACUGGGUCCAGGGGGCGGUGGGGCAGCUACUACGUACAGGAGAGAUACCCACUGGGGCACGGGGUCCGGGGUGGGAGUUCGCGAUGGGCUCGGGGAGCAGGAGUCUCACUUCUGUGACAGUUCCGAGCCUGACGAGGCUGGGAACGUCCCAUGGGAUGAAGGAGUCCACGGGUGGGAAGCGAUGGGCUUGGAAACACGAGUGUGUGUGGGCGUAUGGAGCUGGCUGCAAGAGGCCAGGCAGGAGUGGGGCACUGGGACACGAAGACAUGCUGGUGAGGAAAAAAUGAAGAAAAAGAGGAAGGAAGGAGGAAAAGAGUGAAGGAGAAGGGAGGAGAGGAGGAAGGAAAGAAGGAAG